UGCAGCUUCUUUGUUGCGUCCUGGAACCACUGUAGCAUUCGGGUUUAGCUGACUAUUCUUUCUGCAUUUUAUAUUCUUCCUAGUUUCGUUGUGUUUGUGGCCAAUCAUACUUCUUUGAUCGAUUUCAUCAUAUUAGAACAGAUGAUUGCAUUUGCUAUCAUUCUGCAGAAGCAACCUGGAUGGGUUGGUAAGUAGUACUGCAGACGCUAGCCCUAGCGCUAAAAAGGUUCAAGCAGGUCUUGAAAAGGUUGUAUGGGACGGAUAUUUGAAGCUCUCUCGCCCUAGCCCUAGGCAUAGAGAGCGAAAGUAAGACAAACCUAUGCUAUUCCUUUACCCCUUUUCCUGGUUAUGAUAACAUCUCAUAUCUUUGGAACUUCAUUUGUGGUUUAUGUAGAUGGCAAUCACUAAUAUUGAAUUUUCCCACCAUGUGUAAUACUUUUAAGUACAUAAACGCAUGGGGCAUCUUAAAUGGUAGCUGCAGCUAUGGGUUCAUGCUCAGUAGCUUGUGGUCUUGUUUUUAAUACCACAAAGAUAUAGCUUUUGAUGUCAAGGCAUCAACAAAUUCCCAUCUAAAGCAAUUUAUCCAUUCGCUUGCAACUAGGUCCCUUGUCCCUGUUAACUUACCCUUUAACAGGAUUUUCUAGUCCUUGACUUACACAAGAUAGGGACAUCAAUUUUGAGUAACUUUUGUGUAUAAUAAGAUUAUAUUGUUAGAUUUUUUAUUUGUUUUGACUAUUACAUUUGUGAUUCUGUCAUUUUAUUUCUUUAAUGUGAAUUGAGCUGCCAAGUAUCCAACACUUAAAGUCUUGGCUGAUUUUAUACAAGCUGUUCAUUUUUUACUUUAUGCUUGGAAUCGCUGAUCUGGCUUCUGGAACUAAGAAUAGUAAUCUAAAUGGGUCAUUUCCCACUUGCAGACAACAAUGCUUUAUUGAAUCCGUUCUUUGGUGACCGGAAGAAAACUGAUAACCAUAAUGUACAUUUGUUUAGUUUGUUAGUUGUCUUUAUCAUGAUAAUGAGGCAUGUCUGCACCACUUGAUUCUCAUUUAUGGGAUGCUGAUUUUAUUAAUAUUAGAAUUAGUUGGUUUGGCUGUCCAUAUUGAAAACAAGAGCCUCUUAAAAAUUUGCAUUGUACUAGUUUCAGGUUUGAGGUUUCUUUUCAAAUAGAAUAAGAAAGGUAUCUUACAAUUUUUGUUUAGAACUCCGGUCUUUGUUUCUGGACUUCAUCUGGUUGAUCCUUGGAAUGGUUAUUGUAGCUAUUUUUUUUUCAACUUUAUUUUUUAAUGGCACUAAUCAAUUGAUGAUUUAAUCAUAGUUACUUCAAAAUUUAUUGUUUGGCCUCGAUGCAUGAUAUAUAGCUAGAAUCAGAAUGAACGAGUUGACUGGUUAGCUGACGACAAUGGCGUAAAGACUCCGCUGGUCUGCCCCACUUACAUCUUUUUCCGAUAUACAUAAAAUAACGAUUUGAAAGCUGCACGACAAUAAAGAAAACCAAUCUAAGAAAAGUUCGUCAUUCACAUGUUUGGAUCAAUCUCUCUGUUUGUAUCAAUUAUUCAUUUAAAAUAUGCAACCGUUGAAGUCAAUUAGCCAUUUUGGUUUCUUGUUGGAGCACUGGUGGUUGUGGUAUUUGUCUUGAUGAGAAAAUUGUGGUCAUUUUGGCCCCAUUAUCCUGCAAAUGAUGCCGGGAUUGACUCAAAUCAUUCGUCAACCAUUCAGAUUUAUCUUCUCCUUAAAAUAAAACAAGUAGACUCCUAUAAUUCAGAACCCGGAAUUCAAUCAUCGUUCAUCAAUUAUGACAGAUAAGAAAACCCAAGUUGCAGAAGAAGGUAGAAUCUAAAACAGUAAUAGAACAAGUUUUCAUCCAAGGCAAAGCUCACAUUCACACAAUUGCUAUAUGUGAACGCGGAGAAGACAAAAUUUGCCUCAAACGUGUCCAACCAAAACAAGACUAAUAAUACUCAAAUGUCUGGCAGUCAAAAUACUCAAAUGUCUCCUUUAAAACUCAAACCAGAUCCCAACAUUUUCUUCUCUCCCACACCUCCGUUUUUCCACACUUCCAGCUUCCCUCCUGAUGCAAAGCAACCCUGCCUAACCUAACUGACCCCACUAACAAAGAACAAGAAGAAGCUGCAAAAAGAAAGAAACAUGGGUUUUGCUAAACUGUUUUUUCUCCUACCAGUUUUGCUCUCAGUUCUCACCCUGGAGUACAGCGCUGCUCAAGGCUUCAAAUGUAGCUCUCCAAAAACAUGUCGUGCCGUGGUUGGCUACAUCACUGUCAACAACACCAACAUCAGCGCCAUUCAAUCUCUUUUCAACGUCAAGCGCCUCAGGAGUCUCCUCGGAGCCAACAACUUGCCUCUUAACACUCGACGCAACCACACCAUACCUGCAGAACAAGUCAUCAGAGUCCCCAUCAAUUGUGUUUGCUACAACAACACUGGAACUUCCAACGAUGGCACUAUCUACACGGUUCAGCCAGACGACGGUCUAUACCACAUAGCAGCUGAGGUAUUCUCGCGGUUAGUACUGUACCCGCAAAUUGCAGCACUCAAUGGGAUUCCAAAUCCGAAUGUGAUAGCGAUAGGGCAGAAGCUGAAAAUCCCGUUGCCCUGUAGCUGUGAUGACGUCGGCGGCGAGAAAGUGGUGCAUUACGCACAGGUCGUGCAGUCAGAGAGUACUUUGGGGGAGAUUGCUCAGGAGUUUGGAACUAACGAGUCGACUCUGGCUAGGAUUAAUGGGAUCAAAGCUGAAAAAGACUCAAUAGCUGGCCAACUGAUUGACGUUCCCCUCAGAGCCUGUGACUCAUCAGUGGGAGAUGACUCGUUGGACUACCCUUUGCUUGCUGCUAAUGGCACAUACGUCUUCACUGCAAAUGGUUGUGUGAGAUGCACGUGUGAUGCUGCUAACAACUGGACAUUACACUGUGAAGCAUCCCGGAAUAAACCAUCCAAGUGGGAUGCAUGCCCAUCUAUGCAAUGUGAAGGUUCAGCAGGUUUAUCCCUUGGCGAUAGUACCCCCUCGGGUUGCAAUAGAUCCACAUGUUUCUAUACUGGCUUUAACAACGCAACCAUCUUCACACAACUUGUUCAGGACUCCUCUUGUUCAACAUCCUCUCCGAGCAAUGAUGUUUCAAGAAUCAGUUUGAAUUGGGACUUUCUUUUCCUCUUGGUCUUGCUUUGUUUCCCUCUAUUCCAGUAAAAUGUUAUUACUCUCAACAGGGUCCCUGUCCAUCAACCUCUAUUUUGCGGUAUGAAAAACCGGGAGUUGAAUUUUGCAAUGUAAAAGAUGUUUCUUUUUUAUGAUACUGUAUCAGAAAUUAUUGAAUUGGUCAAGGCAAAUUCGAUGUGGUGGUGAAUAAACUCUUUCACAGUUCCCUCGAAGAGUCAUCUUACAUUUUGGGCUACGUAAACCAUGGAAUAAAAUUCAAAACGGAGUGUCUUAAA